CACGGCAAUAUGGCUGUAGCUUUCGGGUUUCGCUGGUAGUGUGCGGUGCUCUCAUCGUUUCCCAUACAACGUAGUAUUUCCGACGGCUGUAAAGUUUCAUUUUUAAUUUUUUUUGUGAUUAUCGUAACUUUUUAACCUGUUUUAACCUAAUUUGUGUCGGGAAAUUACCAAUUUUUCAUUUCCUUCGUCACCAGAAUUCAUGCGACGACAAAAUGGCGUCGCUUGACGAGAUUUUCCUGCGAAAUAUUUUUUCGUAUUUUACUAGCUUACCAAAAUAAUGUGUUGAAAAAUGUUAUUUCAUAUAAUUUACUAGCUCAUUUCUCAAUGAAAUAUUUCGUUUUCAAGUAUUUUUCCCCUACGUUCCUCAAGUUAUAGUGUAUUCCUUGUAUUUUCUUCAAAAUGCUCCUGAAAGGAUUCAUGCAUGAAUCUGGGAGUGAGUCAACAAGUGACAAAGGGGAAAAGAGUGACUCGGGUUCAGGCAGUGGUUCUGGCUCCGGAAGUGAAAGUGACAGUGGCUCUAGCUCAUCUGGAUCAGGUUCUGGUGGAAGAUCAGGAUCAGAAAAGUCUUCGUUGGCAGACAGAUCACAUCACAGCGAACAUCACAAUAAUGCUAACUCUUCAAAAUCUGAUCACCAUACAGACAAAGACUCUUCAGAUGAUGACUCUCCAUCUAAACCUAGGUCUAGAGGUGGUCAUGGUCGAGUCAAAUCAGAUCUUUGGGAAGACAAUCCUGAUAUAUAUGGCAUCAGGAGGUCAAGUAGAUCUAGAAAAGAACCUGAUAGACUCAAAUUAGCUGAUAGUGAUUCAAGUGAAAGAGGUGACAGAGGCAGAUCACACAGGAAAAACAGAAAAAAAAGUGACUCAUGGAAUUCCGACACAUCAGAGAGUGACAGUGAUAUGAAGGGUUCACCACCUCCACCAUCAAAAAGACCAGGCCAAAGAAGUGUACCAUUGAGAAAAAAGAAACCAGCGAGAAGAAGAAGAUUCACAAGUGAAGAAGAGGAGUCUACAGAAGCUUCAGAUGAAGAUACACGAAGUCGAACAGCAACACGGCGUACAGGUGCGGCAGUUAGCUAUAAAGAAGCUAGUGAUGAACAAACAGACUCUUCUGACCUCUUGGAAGUGGAAGGGGUUGAUGGCGAAGGUGAAGCUGAGCCGGAGAUUGAAGAACACAGUGAGACAAUUGAGAAAGUUCUAGGAAUUCGAAGGGGGAAGAAAGGAGUCACUGGGAAUGUGACUACCAUCUAUUACAUAGAAGAACAUGGUGAUCCUAAUGAAGGAUGUAACCCCAAUGAUGAAGAAACAACGGAACCUCAGUACCUGAUAAAAUGGAAAGGGUGGUCACAUAUUCAUAAUACGUGGGAGUCUGAAGCAUCAUUAAAUGAACAAAAAGUAAAGGGUCUCAAGAAAUUAGAGAAUUAUAUUAAAAAAGAAGCCGAGCUUUCAUGGUGGAGACAACAAGCAGGCCCAGAGGAUAUAGAUUACUAUGAAUGUCAAUCUGAACUCCAGCAAGAGUUGGUUAAAACAUACAACAAUGUGGAGAGGAUAAUAGCUGAGCAGACAAGAGAACUGGAAGGUGGGGGAACAGCCCAUGAGUAUUUUUGCAAGUGGGAGUCUCUGCCUUAUGCUGAUGCUACAUGGGAGGACUCCUCGCUAAUAGAGCGGAGAUGGCCAGUGGAGGUGGACAACUUUAAACAAAGAGAAGCUGCCAAAACUACUCCGUCUAGACAUUGUCCUGUUUUAAGAAGGAGGCCCAAAUUUCAUCAAAUUAAGGAGCAGCCUGAAUACAUGGGAAAAGAUCAGACAUAUUUUUUAAGAGAUUAUCAAAUGGAUGGAUUGAACUGGUUAAUACAUUCCUGGUGUAAAGACAAUUCAGUCAUUCUUGCCGAUGAAAUGGGUUUAGGUAAAACAAUACAGACGAUAUGUUUUUUAUACUACCUCUUCAAAUCGCAACAACUUUAUGGACCAUUCUUGUGUGUGGUGCCUUUGAGUACAAUGACUGCAUGGCAGAGGGAGUUCCAGCAGUGGGCACCGGACAUAAACGUAGUUACGUACAUUGGCGACGUUGUUAGCAGAGAUAUUAUUAGACAGUUUGAAUGGAGUUUUGCCAGCUCAAAGAGAUUGAAAUUCAAUGCCAUUCUAACAACUUAUGAAAUUUUGUUGAAAGACAGACAGUUCCUAAGGUCUUUUAGUUGGGCAUGCUUGUUAGUUGAUGAAGCCCAUAGACUAAAAAAUGACGACUCGCUGUUAUACAAAGCCUUAAAAGAGUUUGAGACUAACCAUAGGUUAUUGGUAACUGGAACACCAUUACAGAAUUCUCUCAAAGAACUAUGGGCUCUAUUACAUUUCAUUAUGCCAUACAAAUUCGAGUCAUGGGAGGAAUUCGAAAAAGACCAUGAGGAUGCAUCAACAAAAGGCUACGAAAAAUUGCAUCGGCAGCUGGAGCCAUUUAUAUUGCGUAGGCAAAAGAAGGACGUUGAGAAGUCAUUGCCUGCUAAAGUAGAACAAAUAUUGAGGGUGGAGAUGACCUCAAUUCAAAAGCAAUAUUACAAAUGGAUUCUAACUAAGAAUUACAGUGCCUUGCGUAAAGGCGUGAAAGGGUCGAUCAAUACGUUCAUUAACAUUGUGAUAGAACUGAAAAAAUGUUGUAACCAUGCGCUUUUGACGAAGCCAGAGGACUUCGAGUCGAGAGCGUCGCUUGCGACAACAGAUGCUGUAGAGAAACUUUUGAGAGGCUCAGGAAAACUGUUACUAUUAGAUAAACUUCUAUGUAGACUGAAAGAAACAGGGCACAGAGUGCUCAUAUUCUCCCAGAUGGUGAGAAUGUUAGAUAUCUUGGCCGAAUACUUGCAAAGGAGACAUUUCCCGUUCCAAAGGCUUGAUGGCAGCAUAAAGGGGGAAAUAAGAAAGCAGGCUUUAGACCACUUCAAUGCUGAAGGGUCUCAAGACUUUUGUUUCCUGCUUUCAACGAGAGCUGGUGGCUUGGGUAUCAAUUUGGCCACGGCCGAUACUGUCAUCAUUUUUGACUCUGAUUGGAAUCCACAGAAUGAUUUGCAAGCUCAAGCUCGCGCUCAUAGGAUAGGACAGAAAAAUCAGGUCAACAUUUACCGGCUAGUAACGGCCAGGUCUGUCGAAGAAGACAUUGUAGAAAGGGCGAAAAGGAAAAUGGUCUUGGACCACCUGGUCAUACAACGGAUGGACACGACUGGCAGAACGGUUCUCAACAAGCGCGAUGGUUCUGCUACGACGGCGAACAAUCCGUUCAAUAAAGAGGACCUGAACGCCAUUUUGAAAUUCGGCGCCGAGGAGUUGUUCAAAGACGACGAUGAGAAUGAUGAGGACCCUGUCUGUGAUAUAGAUGAAAUCUUACAACGUGCCGAGACUCGGGACGAAGGACCUGCCAUGGUAGGAGACGAGCUACUAUCUGCAUUCAAAGUUGCCAGUUUUGCCUUUGAUGAAGAUAAAGCUGUCAUGGAGGUCAAAAAGGAAAACGCUGAAGAAGAUGUUAAAGACUGGGACGAUAUUAUUCCCGAGAACGUCCGUAAAACCAUUGCUGAGGAAGAGAAGAAUAAAGAAAUGGAAGAUUUGUACUUACCACCGAGAAGAAAGAACUUGCAGCAAAACAAUGCUGAUGGAACAGAGGGUGGACGUAAGCGUCGCGGCCGCUCAGAGGGGAUGGACGGCGCGGACGGCGAAGGUGACGCAGAGAGCGACGCGUCAGAUGGCGACGCCAGUGCUGACGAUGAUCGCCCGAGGAAGCGCGGCCGUCCGCCCGCCUCACACCGAGAGAAGAUCAAGGGAUUCACUGACCAGGAGAUUCGAAGAUUCGUCAAGAGCUACAAGAAGUUCUCUGCACCGUUGAAGCAUUUGGAUAGCAUAGCGUGUGACGCAGAGCUACAAGAAAAGCCGUUGGCUGAGCUGAAGCGACUCGGAGAAAUCCUCGAGGAGCGGUGCAGGGCUGUGCUCAAUGAUCCUUCGGAGGCAGUAGCUGAACAAAAUGAGGGUCGCAAAAAUACCAGGAAGACAUUCAAACUUGGAGGAGUACCUGUUAAUGCUAAGACAUUGUCCGCCUGUUUAGAAGAGUUGGCACCACUAGAUAACUUCUUACCUCAGACGAAAGAAGAAAGGUUAAAAUGGCAGUUGGAUUUCAGAACGAGACCAGCUAACUUUGAUGUUGAAUGGGGUGUCGCCGACGAUUCCAAAUUACUUGCUGGUAUUUAUCAGUAUGGUAUGGGUUCUUGGGAGGCCAUCAAAAUGGAUUCAUCGUUUGAGAUAGGUGAUAAAAUUCUUACCAAUGAAGACAAGAAGCCGCAAGCAAAGCAUUUGCAGUCUAGAGCAGAAUAUUUAUUGAAAUUAAUUAAGAAAUUAUUAGACCAGAAGAAUGGCAAACAGAAACAGAGAAAACCAAGAGUCAAACGCGGCACCAAAGAACCUGUAACAAAAGAUAUCAUUGAAGAUGAUAUGAGUUCAGGGGAUGAUAAGAAAGCUAAUAAUAAGGGUGUGAAGAAUGAUAAAGAUAAGGGUAAGUUAAAAUUAGAUGACAUAUCUACACACGAUGAAACUUCCAAUGACAAAAAAGAAAACUUCAAGAAUCGCACAAAAAAAGAUGGAAAGGGACGAUCGAAAGGUGAUAAAGUAAAAGGUCGGAAAAAGCCGGCGGGUCCAAUGCACUUCACUGCCAAUAACGAGCCCAGAGCCUUGGAGGUUUUGGGGGAUCUCGAUCCAUCUGUAUUUGAAGAGUGCAAGGAGAAAAUGAGGCCUGUCAAAAAAGCUCUUAGAGCACUAGAUAAUCCUGAUCAGAACUUGUCAGAGUCUGAACAGGUCACUAGAACGCGGACGUGUCUAACGCAAAUAGGUUCCCAAAUAGACAUAUGCCUUGAAGCUUAUCCUGACCCCGAGAAGAAGGUCGAAUGGAGAAGUAAUCUCUGGUAUUUUGUAUCAAAAUUCACCAAUUUUGAUGCUAAACAAUUGUAUAAAUUGUAUAAGUAUGGUCUCAAGAAAACUGACAAUAAAAAAGGUGGUAAACAUAAGGAAAAUGUAAAGGCUAAUAAUAAAAACCAUCACAACUCAAAUAAUCAUGUGAAACAUGCGAAGAGAGAUGUAAAACAUGAUGAAUCCAAUGAGAAGAAAGAUAGAAAAGAAAGAUCCAAAGUUGAUAAAGAAAAAUCAGACAAAGCAAAUGAUAAAACUCCUCACUCAUCAGGAAUAAAGAGGAAGUUAGAAGAUGGAGAAUGUGAUCCCGAGCCUAGCGAAAACAAAAGACACGAGAGACAUAAACACAAACACAAGGAUCGCAAGGAUAGGGAUAGCAGCCUGAAGCGGGACGAUUUGAUGUACAGUUCUCGGAGCCGGUCGGAGCGGGACCGGGAUCGGGAGCGGGACCGGGAGCGGGAUCGAGAGCGGGAUCGGGACCGGGAGCGGGAUCGGGAUCGCGAGCGGGUGCGGGAGCGGUCGCGGACGCGGCGGGACAGCGGCGGCGUGGGCGGGCCGCGCGCCCGGGCUCCGUACUCGAUGCCGCACGCCACGGCGCUGCACGCGGAGCACCCGGCGCACCCGGGCUGGACGCCGCCCGCCUACCCCGGCCCGCGCCAGUACCGCGGCGACCGGAACGCGCGCCCGCACGAUAAGAGGAGUCGGUACAGCGGCUUCGGCGCGAUGGCCGGCCCGUACAGCGGGUACUACGAAGGCGCCGCAAUGCCCAGCGGCAUGGGCUUCCCGCCUGUACGGCCCUAUCCCGAUGACUGGCGUGGCUACCCGCCGUCAGACUACCAGUAUGACGAGCGGGACUACGAGCGUGAGGUCUACAGGCGCGACUAUGAUAGACGCGCACCGCCCACGUAAACCCCCAAAGGUCCAGGGGCUUGUAAAUAAAUGUAAUCUUACUGUAAAUAGCGAUAGGAUCUCUUUCCGCGUCGACACUGGCCUGUGAAAACUGUAAAGUGUAAGUGACAAAAUAGUGCUGUGUUUUUAUCUAUGUGAUAAUAUAAGCGCAUCGAUAUAAACUAGAGACGUUAACUAGUGACUGUGUUUUAUAAGUGAGACUGUAUAGUAAAUUUAUUUAUUACCAAAUCUGUCGACGAUUGAUUGUUAAUUGUACAGAAUUUAGACAAAUACCAUUAAUUUUUAUAUUGUUUCAAUUUUGUUGCCGAUUUUACCGGUACUAAAUAAUAUUUUUUUUAUCUGUAAUCUGAUUUUUUUUUCUAUUUAUUUGAUGCCUCACAAUGUAAUUAACAGACAUUUAAUUUGACAGAAACACUGGUGAUAAUAUUCAUAGUUCAUAGUAAAUGUACAAAAGCAAUUGUUAGUAUGCAUAUAAUUCAAAAAUCAUGUGCGAUUUAAAAAAUUGUGUAUAGCUUUAAAGAGAGGGGCACAUACAUUUGUCAUUGCAUUUUAGCAGUGUACGGGAAAGAGCGUUUGAUUUGUGCAUUAAUUUCUCAUUCUAUGUGCAUUUCUGAGUCAUGCAGGGCUCAUACAGUCCUAUUUUUAUACAUUAUGUAAAGUCUUAUUCUCUGUUACAUGCGAUUGAAUGUAAUAAGAGUGGAUCGUCUUAAUGGUAUAUACCAUGAUAAUAAACAUAUUAAAGUUGAA